CCCACAGACCGACAGAGUCAGAGUCAGGAAACCGACGGAACCGAACCAAGCCUCACCGAAGCAGAGGCACUUGCCGGUUUCCCGCGUGGAGUUUGGGUUCAUCUGAACCGAGCAGCCGAACCGAGCAGAACCGGCCUGAAGCUGGCUGCCCGGUAGGAGCGGACCGGUUCCGGUCCUUUUGGGCAGGUAGACGUCAGCAGCUCCUUCGGUUUCCCUGGAAACACCAGAGGUCAACCGGACUGAACCGACCAGAUAACAGGUUCGAACGGUUGCGGGGGCUGAGGUUCGGUUAAUGGCGGGAAUGAAGUUCUAAACGGUGGAAUGCACGUGUGAGCCGAACCGGUUCAUUCCCGGGGCUGUUGUCUUCAAGGAGACACCGGCUACAGCUCCUCCCAGCCCGGGUUCGAUGUGUCUGCCGAACGGACAUGUUGGCUCCGAGGAGAGUCCAGCCUGAAGCCGAAGAGAUGAGCAUGAAUUCUGCAGUUCGGAGACCCUGAAGCGAACCCUGGAUUAUAAACCCGGCUGAUUUACAAUGAAGAAGACCGAAAACAAAAACAAGAGGAAGCUGAGCAGCUCGGAUCAGAAGGGGAGCAGAGAGGAGCAGAAGGAGGAGAAGGAGUUUGCAUCCCCUCCACCACUGCUGUACAGGAAGCUGAGCAAUCCUGACCUGUCGCCCGCAGCAACCACGGCUACAAAAUCCAAACUGCACCGACAGCUGAGUCAGGAUGAGAGCCGGACCCGACGCAGCAGCCUGGCCAUGACAGGGAAGCAGCUCCUGCCGCUUUCAUGCAGCCUUCAUGCCGGAGUGAGCCAGCUGGCCUCACAGGGGCCCUCUGCAGGCCCUGGGGCCCUCGGAUGGCCGUCAUCAGUUGGAGGAGAGGGAAACAAUCUGGUGCGGAUGAGGAGUCAGGUUUUAGGGCAGUCGGCACCUUCGCUCAGCGGCCUGAAGGAGUUGAGCCUUCCCAGAAGAGGCAGUUUCUGUCGAGCGAGCAACAGAAAGAGUUUGAUUGUGACGUCCAGCACCUCCCCGACUCUUCCUCGACCGCACUCACCUCUGCACGGACACACAGGCACCAGCCCACUGGACAGCCCCCGCAACUUUUCCCCCAACACAGCUGCUCACUUCUCCUUCGUUCCUGCACGGAGCCACGGACACAGAGCUGACAGGACCGAUGGCCGACGCUGGUCUCUGGCCUCGCUGCCCUCCUCUGGGUACGGCACCAACACCCCCAGCUCCACCGUCUCAUCCUCCUGUUCAUCUCAGGAGAAGCUCCACCAGCUGCCCUUCCAGCCCACGCCGGACGAGCUGCGCUUCCUCACCAAACACUUCAGCUCGGAGAGCAUCACGGACGAGGACGGCCGCCGCUCCCCCGCCAUGAGACCGCGCUCCCGCAGCCUCAGCCCUGGACGCUCGCCGGUCUCCUUCGACCACGAGAUCAUGAUGAUGAACCAUGUUUACAAGGAGCGGUUUCCCAAGGCCACGGCUCAGAUGGAGGAGCGUCUGGCCGAGCUGCUGGCCUCCUCGGCGCCGGAUAAGGUCCGCCCGCUGGCCGACGGGGCCCUGAGCUUCAUCUACCAUCAGCUGAUCGAAUUGUCCAGGGACUGCCUGGUCAAAAGCAGAGAGGACCUCAUCACGUCCAGAUACUUCUACGAGCUGCAGGAGAACCUGGAGAAGCUGCUGCAGGACGUGGGCGGGGAAUUGGGGGAUUCCUCUGGGCGUGAUUGGCUGUUUGGACUCAGUGAGGAGGAGGAGGAGGAGGAGGAGGGUGAAGCCUGUUCGGAUGCUUUUGGAGAGUGUGAGAAAGUGGAG